AUGGGGUCGGUCGAGCCUCAAAGCUUCAAUGUCAAGCGCGUCGCCGUGAUCGGCGCUGGCCCUUGCGGCCUCUCUGCCGCCAAAUAUCUCGUCGCUCAGGGCGCCUUUGACAAGAUCGUCAUCUUUGAGAAGCAGAGCGAGGUUGCUGGUGUUUGGCUGUACAGUGACCGGCCGACGGAAACUCUGCACAUCCCUCAAGAGAACGCCUUCUGCCCUCCCGACCCCCCGAUCACGUCCAACCCUCCUGGAGAGCCCCCAGUCUUCCCGACGCCCAUGUACGGCCUGCUGCACACGAACAUCCCCAAGCGGUUGAUGCAGUUUCAAGACCAAGAUUUUGAGAAAGACUCACUCAUCUUCCCGGCCAGAGAGGAUGUGGAGGCUUACCUGAUCAAGUACUCACAGGAUGUACGCCACCUGAUCAGGUUCUCUACCCAAGUCAAUGAUGUGCUCCUCCAGAAUGUGGAUGCGGCAGACCAGUGGGAAGUGUUCUCAGAAUCACUUGUAUCGGGGGAGAGAACCACCGAGACCUUUGAUGCUGUCGUUGUAGCAUCUGGCCACUACUCCGUCCCAUUCCUGCCCAAUGUGAAGAACAUUAGGGAGUUUAGCAAGGCGCACCCCAGCGUCAUCACUCACGCCAAAUUGUACCGGCAUCCGGAGCAAUACAGAGAUCAAAAGGUGGUAGUUGUUGGCAAUGCGGCUUCUGGUCUGGAUAUUGCUACCCAGAUCAGUCGAUUAGCUGCGAAACCGACACUGCUCUCGGCCCGUCAUCCCACCCCCCCAGAGAAUCUGGCUCAUUCUGGCUGCGAGGAAGUCCCAGUCAUCGAGGAGUUCCUGGUCGCGGAGAGGGGCGUUCGUUUCUCUGACGGUAGGAUAGAGCGGGAUCUAGACGCUGUCAUCUACUGCACCGGCUAUCUCUACACACUGCCCUUCCUGGAAAACUUGAAGCCGCAACCGGUGACCACCGGUCGCAGGAUACAUGGCAUUUACAAAGACCUCAUCCAUAUCGAGCAUCCUACACUGGCAUUCCCUGGACUCCCGAUGAAGGUUGUGCCCCUCCCGUUCUCGGAGAGCCAAGCGGCCAUCUUUUCACGGGUCUGGGCCAACGAACUCCAACUACCACCUGCAGACGAGAUGAGACGGUGGGAGGAGGAUGCAGUCAGUAGUAGGAAGGAGGGACCUCAUGUUUAUCCCAAGGGCGGCGAUGCCGACUAUAUCAACGAGACACACGCCUGGCUGAAGAGAGCCUCCAGCAAAGGAAAAGAGCCACCCCUGUGGGAUGAAGAGCUCUGCUGGGAGCGGACCAUCUAUGCUGAGGCAAAGUUGAAAUUUGAGCAGACUGGCAGGACUGCCAUGUCCCUGGGAGAACUCGGAUUUCAUUACACCCCAUCAGCAAAAGACGAAGAGUCGAAAGAGAUUUUGUAG